GCCUCCGCCUCCUCCUCCUCCGCCAGCCAGCCAGCCCCGACCCGGCAGUGAUGGCAGACGAGCCGCAGCAGCACCAGCCACCUCCGACUCAGCAGCAGCAGCAGCAGCCGCCCCCCGAAGCCCCCGGCGGGGUCGUCCCGGUGGCGACGGCGGCCCCUUCGCUGCCGGCGCUGGUGCCCGGGCUGCAGGGGACCGAAGCCAGCGCGCUGCAGCACAAGAUCAAGAACUCCAUCUGCAAAACUGUACAAUCUAAGGUGGACUGCAUUUUGCAAGAAGUUGAGAAGUUUACAGAUCUACAGAAACUCUACCUCUACCUUCAGCUGCCUUCUGGUCCUAGCAAUGGAGAGAAAAGCGAUCAGCUGUCUGUGUCAUCCAGCCGCGCCCAGCAAAUGCACGCCUUCUCCUGGAUCCGUAACACCUUAGAGGAGCACCCGGAGACAUCCCUCCCCAAGCAGGAGGUGUAUGAUGAGUACAAGAGCUAUUGUGACAAUCUUGGAUACCAUCCGUUAAGUGCUGCUGACUUUGGGAAGAUCAUGAAGAAUGUCUUCCCCAACAUGAAGGCUCGCCGUCUAGGCACAAGAGGAAAAUCAAAGUAUUGCUAUAGUGGACUUCGGAAGAAAGCUUUUGUGCAGAUGCCGACACUCCCCAACCUUGACUUCCACAAAACUGCCGAUGGGCUGGAAGGGGCAGAGUCCUCUGGGCACCUGCAGAGUGCCGACGAAGAGGUGGUGUCAGCUGCCUGCCAGCUGGUCUGCCAGUGGGCCCAGAAAGUGCUGAGCCAGCCCUUCGAUUCCGUCUUGGAUCUGGCCCGCUACCUGGUCAAAAGCCACUACAUAGGCACUAAAUCAAUGGCAGCUUUAACUGUGAUGGCUGGUGCCCCGGCAGGAAUCAAAGGGAUCCCCCAGCCUUCGGCUUUUGUCCCAACCGCGGAGAGCAAUUCCUUCCAGCCCCAGGUGAAGACUCUGUCCUCCCCAGUUGAUGCAAAGCAGCAGCUGCAGCGGAAGAUCCAGAAGAAGCAGCAGGAGCAGAAGCUGCAGUCACCUUUGCCAGGAGAGUCCCCGGCCAAGAAGGUGGAGGGCACCACCAGCAAUGGGGUCACCAGCCUUUCCAACGGGAGCCCAGCCAUCUUGUCUCCUCAGCCCAUUGGCAUUGUCGUGGCUGCUGUUCCCAGCCCUAUAACGGUGCCGAGGACCCGGCAGUUGGUGACGUCGCCUAGUCCUGUGGGUUCAGCCGAUGGCAAAGUUCUCCCGCUCAACGUCCAAGUGGUCACCCAGCAUAUGCAGUCGGUCAAGCAGUCACCAAAGACCCCCCAGAAUGUUCCCGCCAGCCCUGUUGGGGAUCGUUCUGCCAGGCACCGCUACCCUCAGAUCCUGCCCAAGCCUGCCAACACCAGUGCCCUCACCAUCCGAUCCCCAACGACAGUGCUGUUCACAAGCAGCCCCAUCAAGACCGUUGUCCCUGCUCAGCACAUGAACGUGGUGAAAAUGACCACCAUCUCCCUCGCUCCGAGCAGCAGCAGCGCCGGCAGCACGCCGGUCAAGCACACGCCUUCAGUGGUCAGCGGUUCCGGAGCAGCCGACGAGCUGAGGACUGUCCCGCAGAUUCAGAAUGGGUCCGUCGUUUCGCUUCAGUCUCCAGGGCCCAAAGCUGGUGGCAGUGGAGGAACAGCAGGACGAGACUUGGCUCCCUCUGCGUCUUCGGUUGAGGUCAAAAUGGAGCCAGAGGCAGCCCUGGAGGAGACAGUGCUGCGGUGCCAAGAGAACUCAGACGCCUCUAAAGUUGCAAAGGUUGCUCUGAGCACCUCAGUUGGGCAGCAGAGGAAAGGUGAAGCAGAACUGUGGAAAGGUCAAGCCGAGGAGGUCCGCGGAGACGGGAAGUGUGUCCAGGGCUGUGACCCGAGAGCCGAGGAAGCAGGAAGGAAAAGCCUUGCCCAGCCCACUGAAUCCCGCCCCGUUCCCACAUUGGAGAUCAGUCCUGGCACGAUCACUCCCUCGGUUGCUAUGCAGACCUUCUCUGGCACCAGCAUCCCUGUGCCUCCCGGUGGUGACAAAGUGUGUGCUAAAAGCCCAAGGAAGCGGCUGCCAUCUGCCUUUACAGACUCCCAGGGCCCCCCAGUCAAGAAGCUCUCUGUGGGGCAGGUCUCUGCAGCCAGCACAGAAGCCCCAAAAGCGGGAGGUGUGAAGAAAGUGCAGCAGAGAGUGGUGGCUGUGGCCAAGAGCGAAGGGGCUUCAGCACUUGUGCAGGUGCCUGGCAAGGUGACCAUCAAAGUCCAUUCUGCGGUGCCCAGCAGCUUAGUGACCACUUGCCCCCUGGACGCCGACCUUGUUCUUGACUCCAGCGAUCCCACUUUAGGGCAGCAGCUGGCAGACUCCUCUUCAGACAUCAAAGUGAAGUUGGAAGGGAACGUGUUUGUCUUAGAAAGCAGUUCCCAGCCCAGUGACGGCUUUAGCCCCAACAUAUGGCAGCAUCUUGCAAAGAGCUCCGACUUUGCCCCUCUGAACUGCGAGCAGCAGCCGCUGCAGGAGGACGUCGGUGUUAUGGCUCUCACAGAACACGCUGGCGGCUCAGAGGCCUUGCCGAAGUCUGUCUGGGAGCCAGUGCACUUCGAAGGGCUCCAGCAGGCAGCUGCCUACGGCCAGCAGGUGCAGAGCCAGGGGCCAGAGCCCUCUCUGGAGCAGCAGCUGCAAGCGCAGGCGCCAAGCCAGUUAGCUUUGCAGCCGGAGCUCAAGGAGUUUGAGGAUGCCGCCUCGCAGUCCAACGAGAACUUCUUCUCCUUCGACGACGACCUGACCCAGGACAGCAUCGUGGAGGAGCUGGUGCUCAUGGAGGAGCAGAUGUCCAUGAACAGCUCUCACCUGUACGGGAGCUCCCUGGGCAUGGCCCUCCAGAGCCAAGGGGCGGCCCAGGGGGCAUCCCUGUCCUCUCACGCGAGCAGCGCCCACUUCUACCACCCGAUCCACAACAGCGGCACCCCUGUCCACACCCCAACUCCCACGCCCACCCCGACACCUACUCCUACGCCCACUCCGACGUCCGAACUCAUUGCGGGAUCGCAGGGCGUGUCGCGAGAGAGCCCCUGCUCCAGGAUGGCUCAGACAACGCCCGUUGACAGUGCCCUGGGGAGCAGCCGGCACACGCCCAUCGGCACGCCCCAUUCCAACUGCAGCAGCAGCGUCCCACCGAGCCCCGUGGAAUGCAGGAACCCCUUUGCCUUCACGCCCAUCAGCUCCAGCAUGGCCUACCAUGACGCUAGCAUCGUCUCCAGCAGCCCCGUCAAGCCCAUGCAGCGGCCCAUGGCCACGCACCCCGACAAAACCAAGCUGGAGUGGAUGAACGCCGGGUACAGCGGAGUGAGCAACCCGCCUGUCUCCAGCCAUGGGAUCCUCCCGAGCUACCAGGAGCUGGUGGAAGACCGCUUCAGGAAGCCCCACGCCUUCGCCGUCCCCGGCCAGUCCUACCAGUCUCAGCCGCGGCACCACGACGCCCAUUUUGGCCGCGUAACUCCUGUCUCUCCCGUCAGCAGCGCCGGCAGCAAGCAGGAGGGCUUUGCUGUGCCUGCGCCCCUCGACGGCAAAGGGGCGGGUUCCUCCCAUAACAGCAGCUUCAGGUGCCGGAGCGUCAGCCCUGCCGUCCACCGCCAGCGCAAUCUCAGUGGGAACACCGCUUGCCCUGCUGGCAAUGUGCUGCGCUCCAGCACGACGUCGGCCGCGACCGCAGCGCCCUUCGGCAGCCCCGUCACUCCGGAAGUCCACAACACGUUCAGCGCCGUCCACGCGGACGCGAGUGCCAGCAGCCUUGCCCAGAGGAGCCAGUCAGUCCCCUUGACCGUCAUGAUGCAGACGGCUUUCCCGCCUCCUCAGAAGCAGGCGAAUUCCAAGAAGAUAACAAAUGUCUUGCUGAACAAGCUCGAUUCGGAUAACGAUGACGCGGUGAGGGGCCUGGGGAUCAACAACAUGCCCUCCAAGUACACAGCCAGGAUGAACCUGACCCAGAUCUUAGAAACUUCCUCUUCCACGUUUCCGAGUGCCAACGGCCAGAACGUGCUCAGCCCCAGCCCUUCGGUUUUCGAAUUCCAAACACCAAGUUACCUCACGAAGAGCAGCAGCGCCGAUCACAUCCCUUUUGCUCCCGGAGAUAACCAAGCACAAUCGGAGCCUCUGGAGGAGGAGGAGGAGCAGCAGCAGCAGCAGCAACAGCUGGAUUUCAGCAGCACCGUGAAAGACUUCCUGGAUGAGGGCAGCCUCCAGAGCAGCCAGCAGCUGGCCAACCAGGUGGCUUCUGAUCUCAGCAACGUGGCCUCCGUCUUCUCCAAUGACAUCAGGUUGGCUUCCGAGCUCUCGGGCAGCAUUAAUGAUUUGAACACGCUGGACGCAAACCUGCUCUUUGACCCGGCUCACCAGCAGGGCCAGGACGAUGAAGCAACACUGGAAGAAUUAAAGAAUGACCCCUUGUUCCAGCAGAUCUGCAACGAGUCCAUUAACUCAAUGACUUCGGCAGGUUUCGAUUGGAUGGAGAGCAAGGACCAUCCUGCUGUUGAAAUGCUGGGUUGAAUCUUUUUUUUAAAAAAAAAAGAUUAAAAAAAUUAAAUAAAUAUAUGUAAUAUGAUGUAUGUAGCACACUGUAUCUAAAAGACAGACAGACACUUUGUAUUUGUCUUAAUGGAAGUGCCUCCCUGCAGCAGAAACAUUGACUAUGACUUAAUUGUGGCAUUUUUACAAAACAAAAAAACCCCAACAACAACCAACACCUUUUGCUCCACCAGCUGCUCUGUUCUUCAGCAGGGAAUAUUCAGUCUUACCCAUUUUAAAGACUUUUCUGAAGGAUACAGCCUGAUCCAGAGCCAGUAUUAGAUUUUAAAAAAUUUUACUUACCGAACAGCACUUUUUUGCUGUUGCAAAAGAAAAAAGUGGCCGGGGAGGUUGCAAGAGUGUAGUGAGUCUAAAUUGCUAAGGAAAGGGGGCUCGCCAGUUCCCCAAGCAGUGUUACCUGGCUGCUCCCUCUGUUCAUUUCAGCCAGUGCCGCCCUGAGUCCCUUGCUGGGCUGCUGUUCCCUGGGCUACCAAGCAAGCUGCACUGGAAGGAGUGGAGGCCACGCAGCAACCGUGUUCCUCGGAUGGAGAGGGCUAUGUGCACUUGGGUGUGGACACAGGGCCCUUGCACAUGCUGGCGCAUCCCUUGCGCUGGAGGGCCUGCACACAUCUCUGAGGAGCGAGCCUGUAGAGGAAGCGGGGGAAGCGGUCCAGGAGGCAACAGUUACCUGUGUAUAUCAGCACAGGUUGCUUGGUUGGGUGAUGGACUUUAAAUGGCUGCUUCCCAAAGAUUCUGGGCUCACUAUCGCCUCCUCUGUUUCAUUGCUGUUAGAGAACCACAGAGGUGGGGGUCCCAGCUGUGGAUAAUGGCGGAGGAAGACUUGGGUAAAAGCUGACCAUACAGCUUAGAAGGUGUGAGAACGCUAUACUUAGACACCAAUACAACUUAAAAUGACAAUAAAGGGCUAAAAGGGGGAGCGACAGAUAGGAACUAUCAAGGAAUGAGAAAGAAGCACUAAAAUUUUAUUGGAAAGUGUGUGGGGGUGUGCUUACCCUUCUUUAGUUGCUUGAAAAUCUCAGCUUAAAAAUCUGUUUUUAUUGGUUUUAAUAUCCUUGAGAGGAAAUGUAAUUCUGAGCCUUGAGACUUCAUAAGACUUCAUUCCGUUCUGUUUCCUAUUUAUUUAUCAGAAUUGGAGCAACCUGAAGUUAAGGUGGAAAUGGCCCCCAACCCAUCCCUUCUCACUUGUAAACAACAUUUGGGGUGCAGAAAAGCAGUUGCCUCUUGACUGACGUGCAGCCCCUCUGCUCUUUCCCGAGAAGCUGAUAGAAAGAACAAUUUCCAUAGAGCCAUAAGUGCUUCUAGAUGCCAGGGGGUACAGACAUGCCAUGGGAUAUAUUUCAGAAGCUACCCUACACAAACCCAAUGGAAAUGGAUGGGGAAAGAUGCAUAGGUUUGUUGGUGCCCCAUGUCCGCCUGUUGCAAGCGGAUGCGCCCAGCAGGAGCUGCCCAGGGAGUGUGGCCAUUGCCUUUCAAAGGGCUGUGAAGAGAGAACAGCCAGCCAUUAGCCAGCUGGGGCCUUACUCAGGCAGAAGGAUCUGUGCCAGAACUGUGACUUCACCUGGGAAACCUUUUGCCAGAUCCAUUGUCCAAGGCUGCGGGAAGCUGUUGCCUGGGUGCUUGUGCUGUGUUUGCCUCAUCUUGUAAUGUGGGCUGAUCAUUUUGCACCUGCCAAAACCCAAGUAAGGUGUCAGGGCCAGAAUAUUUCUGGGAAGGAGAGAAAGAGAGAGGAGCUGUUGCAAAUGGCUGCCCAUGAGACAAAGCAAGCAAAAAAUGCACCAGCCAGUCGUGGCAGGCUUUUGAGACUACCAGCCGGUCAGACGUAGAUUGUGCCCUGAUUGUUGGCACAUGUAGGCCAGUUCCAGAGCAAAAGGUUUCAGGGCAGCAGUUCUGGUUAAUGUGCUCGUGAGGAGGAAGCUUUCCCAGUGUUGUUGUGCCUCUACAUUCAAGGUGCUGGAAUCCAGGCCCCGUGACAAUACUUCAUUUCAGGCCCCACAGGGGUUGCCAGAGUCUUACUCCAUGUGAGCCAUAGCCAGCCCCUUUGGCGUCAGUGGGGUGGGGUGCAGGGAGUAAGGAGCAAGGGCCAUGGGGAGUUUCCUGGCUGCUUGUGUGUUCUUGGAGUUAGGGAAGCAGUGUAUAGAAAAGUUGACUUUGGAGGCGAGGGCAAAGCAGCAACUACUUACCUGGGUACCCCAGAGGAUUCCACAGCACAUGCACCCAGUAUAUUGUGGUUUUUUAAAAAGAGAGAAAUCCGAUUUCUGCAUGGUUUUUGGUUGUAAUUUUUAAGAUUUGUGUGUGCACACGUGUUUUUCAUUAAAUAAAAAAAUCUGGAAGUACAAAGAAUCAAACCAAACAAGAGAUUUCCCCUUUCCAUCUAGGUUUUGUCCUGGGUGGCAGGAUAGCUGUGUGUGUUUGUGUGUGUGUUCUCACAUCACAGGCCCUUAAAGGAGGCAUGCUGGCGUAUAUUUUGAGCACUCCUUGGCAGAGAGGGAUGCCUCCUUCACCCCUGCCCAGGCAUUACUGCUGUGCAGAUGGAGGUUCCCAUUGGGUUCUCUGCCCCCCUCCAAGAAUGGAACUCUUGGUUUGUCCCUAAGGUGAUGGUAGUGAAGGUGCAGCAACCUGGGGGUGGGGGUACAUGUGCUGCUCACCUUCAUCAUCCGUCUGAUGCUCCUGAUUGGCCAGCAGGGAGCUCUUGCCCACAUCCAGAUCAAUUGGGAGUGGAGCACUUUUUUGACCGGUGACCCACCUGUAACCCAAAAUGUGUUGGAUGCAUUGUAGAUACAGGUUUGAGCAUGGACUGUAAUGUAGAUACAAGCUACAGAUGGCUGAAUUGAAAUCAAUUUUAAAUGUGAGACAUUCAAACUAUCAUGUGACCACUAUCAUUUUGUCUCUCCGCUCCCCCCCCCAAUAAAAGAAAGGCCUGUUACCUUAAUUUUGAAACGCCACUGGUAAAUCGGACUGAAGCGAUAAUUCUGGGAAUUCUGCGAUAACUUAAAAGCGAAUUGAAUGGAAGUUAGGUUUGCAAGGAGGGCCUGGGGAACCAAAACUUUUUCACACACACUUCAUGGUGCUAGACCCAAAAUGGGGUUUUGUGUAUUGUUGGCCUGUGCUUGUUUUGUGGUUUCCUCCGUGUGUUUGGGGUUGUCAUGGGCAGCUUGCUGGACCCCUCCCUCUUCCUGGUGCUUGUAACUCCUUCUGCUCUCUGCCUGCAGACAAGUCCCUGCUUCACACCAAAGCGUGCCAUCUCCGGGGGAGGCAGAAGCCCCCUUCUGCCAGAUAAGACCCCUGCGUAACAAUGAUAAUUUUAGUUGUUCAGAGGGUUGCUCUCCUUGGCUAAAGGCGAAUGAACUUGCACCCCCAUGUACAGUAUUGCCAAGAAUAUAUUUUGGAUUUGGCUGGCCAGUCUGUUGGACUGUGUGGGGUUCAGCUAUUGCACUAAGGCUUCUGUUGAACUGUGGCAGGCACAUUCCUUAGGAUAAAUGCAACAAAUUUGACGGCCCACGGAUUAUAAAAAAAGAGUGAAAAACAAUGACUACAGAAAACUUUUUUAAUGUGUUUCAUUAUUAAAAGGCAAAAUGUCAUGCAAAUGACAGGCAACUUGUCUUAUGUAGCAAUGUGCAUUGAUCUCAAUGAGAUGUUUCUAUUUCUUAUUCUCUUACGUGAGAAUCUUACAGCAGGAAGAAAAAAAAAAGAACUGUUUUGUUUGCCUCACCAUGUUAAUACAUGACCACCUGAUGUGCAUGCGUGUUCUCUUGACUUACCUUGUACAGUGCUAGGUAGACUCUUGUAACCCACUCUUUUUCAUUAUUAUUAUUUUUGCGCUGUAUUAGAUCUGGGUCUGUGCUAACCAGACAAGCAUAGCUGAAUCACCAGGUAGUUACAUUUUUUUUUUUUACGUUUACUAAUUCUGCUUAGUUAUUGUUAAAUACGUUACUUUCUCAUUAUCUUUAUUGCUCUGGUGUUGGGGGGGGGAAUCCUUUUGGCAUAAUUUUUUUCAUGAGAAUUCAUGAAGUAAAGAAUUUGCAAAUAAUUGCAAUAAGCACUGACUUUUGAACUGAAAAAGAAGGAAAUUGUUUCUUGGGCAGUGCAGCAUCUGAAGUUUAUAUAAAGUCUUGUACUAUACUUUUGUGCUUUCUAUAAGGAAAGAAGAAAAAAACCACCCUCUCUACCUUUUCAUCUAGUGCACAGAUUCUUCUCUCUCUCUCUCCCCCACCCCCGGUGUUUUGUUGUCUGUUGUACCUGCUGAAAUGACAGUAGUUGGAUAUUGCAGUAGCAUUUCAGUUGAUUUUUUUAUUGAAAGUGCUCAAAAUUUGUUUUUUUUUAAUGUUUUCAGAAACAAUAAAACAUUUUAUAUUAA